AUGUCUUCUUUGAAGGUGCUGAGACAUAAUGUAGAUUGGCGGGCCAUUGCAUACCACGCCAUGUUCAUCUGUGGCUGGUGCGAUCGUUUCGAUGUGACCGAUGCCAAGUCCACGAUGCAACAGGUUCAGGUCAAGUGCAUUGAGUUCGCCUUUGAGAAGGCCUUCUCCCAGGAGAAGGGUUUGGAGUCCCUCCGGACCGCAUUCAGCACAUUGGCGGGGCCCCGAGCGAAGCAGCUCGGCCCUCAGAUCGUCGGGCAUAUGCUGGAACGUUAUUCCGAUACAACAAUAGAAAAGUUGAUCGACAUGAUGGUCGGCCGAAUGUUGAUCAGUAAGGCAACCAUUAACCUCGUCAGCUUCGGCCUUGGAAGAGGUUUGAUCGGAAACGGUGAUUCGGAAGGCGUUGAUCUCUCUGCAUCCUGCGGUCGGUGGAUCGGAAAGGUCUACGCUCAGGAGGCGCAGCAGCAGGCAGCCAUGGAUGAGUAUAAGGCGCUGUGGAAGCCCACCAGCGACUUUAUCGCACAGAAGGUCCUGGAGGCCAAGGACGAUGCGAAUAGCGCCCAUAGUGCCCUGAAUGCCAAAUACGGCACCAGCCUGGACGCGUGCGAUCUGGGGACCGAGCUAAAGCCGGCGUUGACGGCCCCAACCUGGGAUGCUCUCGGUGGCGUUCACCCGGCCACUUUUGCUGCUCGUUGUCUUGUGGCUGGGAUCACCAAUGGUUUGAGUGAACAGGCAGGAUGGUUUGGUGAGGAUAAGGCGGACAAUUAUUGGCACUAA